AUGUUUGGUACAUCGGUAGUAUUUAUACUGUUAUCAUCAAAAAUUUUCCAACAUUUUUUGGCAUCAUUUUUGGGCAUUAAUAUUAGCCUUUGCUAUUUGAUAUGUAUUACAACUGUUGCUAUAAUGCCCCUUACAUAUCUCAAAUCACCAGCUGAUUUUUGGUUAGUGAUCGUAAUUGCAAUGUUAUGUACCAUGAUGGCCGUUUUUUUAAUUGCCCUAGGUAUUAGCUUUGAUGUAAGCGCAUGUUUACCAGAAGCACAUUAUCCGAAAACUUCAAUUAGUGGUGCAAUAGUUAGCUUAGUUGUUGCCUUUUUAUAUAUGCCAUUAUCGGUUUAUGGUUAUUUGACGUACGGUGGUAGUAUGCACAGUUCGAUAAUUGAUUCCGUGCAAACAUCAUGGAUUCGGCAUGCGGCUAAUUUAACCAUAGCUGUUCACUGUAUUCUAGCUUUAAUUAUCAUGGUAAAUCCAUUAAAUCAACAAGCUGAACAUUUCUUCAACGCACCACAUUGUUAG